AGAUGGCGGCUAGCGACGGCGGUGAUUAUCAAAAUGAACUCCACAGACGAGUUCAGCACAAGAUUGCAGGUCAUUACCUCAAAGCAAUGCAGCCAGAUGAGGCUCCAGAGGAUAAACUUAAAAUGGACUCAGAAACAAGGAGGAGGUUUGAAGACAAAUAUGGAAAAUAUAAGAGGAAUCUCACUAGCUCUCCAUACACAAUACAAAAUGUAUGUUGGCUGAUCGUGUCGAUGGCUGUUUUUUAUUACACAGAUUUUUACCUGGUUUUACGCUAUGAUCCAAAAGUUAAUAGAUUCUGGCUCAAUAUUGGUCUGCUGCUGAUUGGGGUUAAUGUGUCCAUUGCCUUGUUCCUUAUCCUCUGGCUGAAUUAUGUGAAGAAACUGACCACUGACCAAUGGGAGAAGAGGUACCCGGCUGCCAUCCCCAUAGCAACUGCAUGUUUCAUCUUGGGUGGGAUUUUACUGACUGUGGGCCUGUGGCCAGUAUGGAGGAUCCUCACUCCCGUUAUCCUGGCUGUUCUCUUCAUGGGAUUUGUGGUGACAGUGGCCAUGUUCCCCAACUUCUGAAGCCAAACCACUUCCUGCAAGCCUUUAAGGGACUACAGCAGACAGGGUGAUGAAGCUGCUACAUAACCCCAGGACCAGCCACAAUUACAUCUGCCAUAUCUCUUCCAGAACAAAGGUGGUUAGAACAACCGUGAAAUACCAGAAAAUGUUUCCCAAGCUAGUACUGUUGUUUUUAAAGCACCCCAAUGGCCCAAACCAAGUUUGUCUUGCGUUAGAACUGCCCACAUUCAGCUGUGUGAAGGGAGCCCUAAAAGACCUGGCAUUCUUCAUGGCCUGAGCCUGAAAGUAAUAUAUCACCUGCUUCAAUUCCCUGUUUGUGAUGGCUGUGGAGAACGCUUUACAGGAAUCCUCUGUUAAGCUAGAUGAGAACUCUCACUAACUGAUGGCCGUUUUGUGGUUUAAACACAGCCUUGAUGAAGUUGGGACAAAGUGGCCAAGAGAUUCCAAGAGUUAUUCUGUAUCCCCCAUUUGCACUGAUUCAGUGAUUUUAGGACGUGGAUUGUUUCUGUCUUAGCAUUCCCAGAGGCUGUAGAUUCACUUGCUCAUUGAGACCCGCCACCCACGGUGUUCAGGAGAGUGCCAUUAUGUGCAAGUGGCUAUGUGAAAUCUGUGGCUGAAUCUAGUUAAUUUGUCAGUCCAUCACUCUGUCUGUAGCUCAGAGAAGGCAGUGAAGAAAUUAUUUGUAUAUCUGACAAUAAACUCUCUGCCCUUGAUCAGGUGUCCCCUCAAUCAGUUCUUGAUCGACCUCUUUCUAAGCAUUAUACUUAUCAGUGCUUUAUUCUCAAAUUGUCCGUCACUGUGUGCUCAGCUAAUGCAAAGCCAUCUUCAGCUAGUUUCCCUUCCUGACAAAGUUAACUAACCUAGCCUAUUGCUAUUCUUGUGGUGGCCUUGAUAUAAGCAUGGAGAAAAUACUAAUCUUCUAUUUCAUUUUGGUCACGGAUGUCGUUGUUUUACCCAAGACGUAUGAGCUGGUGGCUUAAGGUGGCGCAUGCAGCCGAGCCAAGUGUGUAUAAUGUAAUAAGCUAAGCUUGCAUAGAAGAGUAAAUGUUCUCAUUGAUAUAAAGGAGAACCUAAAAUGGCAGAUUGAUUUAUGGAAUAUCUGUAUUUGAAACAGUGAUAUAUCAUACACAUAUAUCUCUUUGACUGUGUCGAAGUGGAGUGUGGAGCGCACAGACACUAUCACCCUUACCAGAUCCAAGGAAAAUCAAUUUCAAUUUUGUUUGUAGCUUGGAGCAUUACUCCCAACCUGAACAACUUUGAUAAGGUUGCAAAGUCCUUUGAUUUAUGCAUUAAGUAUUGCUCUUCUUCAUACUCUGUGCGAAGCCUCUUUAUCCUUUUUUGAAGCUUCAGAAUGAGAAUUUGUAUUUGUGUUCUAGUUGCGCGUUGCCUAACAUCCUUCACAGAAAGGUUACGUUGUUACUGAAGUUUUACUGUACCUUGUAAACACAACAUAUGAAAGGUCAAGAUAACUGGUUGUUCCUUAAGUUUCACUGUGCAAUGUAAAUAAAUGUUGAGAUGAGAUAUGUUUCUUACAAUCACCAGUCUGUUUGCCUUGUUAUUGACUUGUGUCUGUGAUACAUUUCUGUGCAGUAAUGAAUAAAGAUGUUGUUUUUUUUCAUUUAUUUUAUG